AUGACAAUGGAAGAUAUAGCUUGGAAUUUGAAGCUGUCAGAGGUGAAGCAGAGGAGUCUCGGAAAAGCCCACGAGACCUUGCGCGCCCAAGCAGAUUCCAUGAUCCAAUUCAGCGUGCAGUGGAAGGAGCUUGUGGACCUCUUCGACUCCACCAGGAACUCGCUCCAGACCGAAUUACAAGAGCUCCAAGAGCUGAAGAAGGAAAUCGACUGUAGAUUGGCGGAUUUUGAAACCAAAGAGUUGAACUUCAACUUGGUGAUGGGAGCUAAAGCCAAGCAAUUGCAGGGCAUUGUACAGGAGGUUGAAGAGAGUAAGUCCCAAUUGCAAUCCCUUAAGUUGUCUAUUCAAGAACAUUGCGAAAAAUAUGAGGUUGAAGAGAAUCGAUUGGGGAAAGUACAGAAAUUGGUUAAAGGCAAGAAGACGGAAUAUUUUAGUAUCCAACAACGUAUUAAAGAAGUGUCGAACGAGAUCGAGUCUAAGUCAAAAGAGAUUGAGUGUAAGGAGAGGCAAUUAAAUGCAGUUCAGGGUAAGGUUGUCGAUCAGUGGAAAGAAUUUGAUUUGAAAGAUGAGGAAAUUAGAGCCAAACAAACAUUGAUUGAAGAAUAUGACAGAGAGUUGAAAUCCAAGGAGCAGAAACCUGGUUUGAUUCAUAAAUUAGUGCUGGAGUACUCGAAUGCAAUUGAAUCGAAAAUAAAAGAUUUUAAUUUGCUUGAGAAAUCAGUGGGGGUGUGGGACUGCAAACUUGAAUUGAGAGAGUUGGAAAUUAAAAGGUGGUUUGAGAAGCUUGAAAAACAAUUUGAGUCAAAAUUUGAGGAACUUAAUUUGAUUGAUAAGAGGGUCAAGGAUUGCAUGAAUGAGGUUCAGUUGAAAGAAAAGCAUUUAUAUCCCCGCAAAAAGCAUUUGGAUUCGCUUGAUAAGUCGAUUCAAGAAUGUGCGAGGCGACUUGAACAACAGGCCAAAGAGCUGGAAUUGAAACAACAACAAUUUGAGAAGUCCACUGAAGAACACACCCGAAAGCAGAAAUCGAAGGAGAAGGCUGAUACCCUUCAUUCUCAAGUGAAGGUUGAGCAAUUGGAAUGCAUCCUUAACAACAAUGCUGUUGUUCCUUCGCCUACAAACAAUCAAUCAAGCAUCAUCAGAGAUGGUAGGAGCUUGCAGGUGUUCAUGAAUGAGUAUUUUAGGAUGACUGAUAGAGUGUCUGCGGAAGUCUCAACUGGUCUACACGUGUCAUCAGACCCAGCAAAAUUAGUUUUGGAUGCAAUGCAAGGGUUUUACACUUCAAAUUCAACUGUGGGAAACAGGGAGUUUGGUUUUGAUUUGAGUGUAAUUCGAAGGAGCUGUAUUCAUUUGUUAAAGGAGUUAAAGAGGGUCUCACCAGAAAUUAAUGAUCAGGUGAGAGAAGAAGCGAAGAAGUUGGCGGGUGAUUGGAAAGCUAAGAUGAUUGUGGCAGCUGAGAAUUGGUUGGAGGUUUUGGGUUAUUUGUGGCUUCUUACUGCAUAUGACUUGGCCUCUACUUAUGACGUUGGGGAGCUUCAAACUCUUCGUGGUAUAGCUGCCGAGCAUGGAUUGCCAGCUGAAAGGUGUGGGAUCCUUGACAUGGCAGAUAAGGCACCUGCGAGUGGCAUCAGUUGCUCUACUAUCAAAACAGAGAAACCAGAAUCUUCACUGGAUGAGAAUGCAGCAACCUUUUCUUCUCCAAAUCUUCAACUAAGUGCCACCACAAAUGCUAGGAAUUUGCAGGGGGUUCCAAAUGAGCAUUUGAGUAGGAGUCAUUUCACACAGAAUGAAACUUUGCAGAUUGCUACAGAUGCAUUGCCUUCUGCGUUAAAUGGGGAUGGGUUUGUAAAGCUUCUUGGGAUGAUUUCUCGGGAUAAACAGCUUCUCGAAUAUUAUCGGGGAUUUGGUUUUGGAGAUAAGAUCACUGCGGAUGUUAUUGCAAAUCUUAUUGAGAGGAAGCAACUGAUUGAGGCUGUUAGAUGCAUUUACACCUUCAAUUUAAUGGAUAAGUUUCCCCUGGUGCCACUCUUAAAAGAAUACGUGGAUGAUAUACAGAAGCAUUCCUGGAAAAAGUACGUGAAAAGGAAAUCACUUGAUGAAAUGGAUAAGAUUGCAGACAAUCAAAUGGUUGAUCUAUUAGAUGUGAUUCAAUGUAUCAAAGACUACAACCUCGAGUCUGAAUACCCAUCCAGGGACAUUGAAGUAGAAAUAACUAAGCUGCAAAAACUAAAGGAGAACUACAAACGUUGUCAUGCCUCCAAGGUUGAACAACAGCAGAAAAAAGGGAAGAAACAUAGUUUUGAUGCUUUUGCUCCCAAGUUUCAACCACAACAUCCUAAAAGUAAUUGUAAGCUGACAACAGUAGCAGCUGCUACACCAUAUGCUUUGCCAACUCCCACCUCUGGAUAUCCUCAGUCAAGUUCAUCCUCUUUGCCGUAUGAAAACAAUGGACGCCCUGGGCAAUUCGGCAUGGGUGCCAGCUACAGAGACAUUUCCAAAGGAAAUUGUUUCCAUUGCGGCGAGUUAGGACAUUGGAGCCGCAACUGUCAGAAAUACUCGUCCGAGAAAAAGAAAUUAGAUAUGACAAAAUCAUCUGCGGGUUCAAGGAAAGAAAGAAGCUACGUGAUGGAAGAUUUACUUCACUCUGUAGCUCAGGCGGUGGGAAUAGUUAAAGCAAGGAAUUUCAUAAGAAUAAUACUCAAAGACAACAUCAGUUUUCUUGCUCUGCGAUUUUUCUCCCAACCCCAGCCCCCUUCUCUUCUUGUGCCGCUGGGAGGAAGUGGUCACUGA